UAAUUAAUGCAAGCAUAAAUUCCUGUAGAUUUUGAAACAUAAAUAAGAAUUGCUAAUGAAUAAAUGUCAAUAGACUAACCACUUAUGGAAUAAGAGACAGAAGAUAGAAAUAAAGAAUAAGAAGAAGAGUUGACUGAGGAACAGAAAGAGAGAAGGAGAAAAAUUUUGGAAGUUCAAUUAGCCAAUAAAAGAUUAUUAUAUAGUAUUCAUAAUAAAGACAUGGAAAUAUUUAGAGUUAAAAAAGAAAUCGAGGAUUAAAAAUAGUUAUUGGCUGAGCUUUAAUAACAAGAAUAAGAAUAUUAAUAACAAUCUAGUGGUAUUUUUAUCUAUGUUUAGAAUUAGAAAUUCUUAAUGAUUCUUAUUUAUCUCAUAGAGCUUUGGUUUCAUAUGAUACUUAUUUAAGAGGAACUCUUAGAGAGUAGGAUAGAAAAAUAUAUGAAUUAGAAUUAAACAAUGCUGAUAUAAGUGAAAUUUCUGCCAGAAUUGAAAAAAUAAAUAAAGAAUAUGAGAGAAAUAUUUAACCUCUUGUUGUUGGAGAUUUUAAGACAUAAAUAGAUGCAGACAUUAAAAGCUCAAAAAAUUAAAUUGAUGCUCUAAGAAAUUAAUUUAAAGAGAUUGUAGAUGAUAUAGUCAAAUUACAUGAAAAACAUUUAGAUAAUAUUGAUAUGUAUUCUACCUUAUAAAGAUAAUUAUAAGUAAUAUUAUUGCAUAUUUCUUUAGGAAUAAUUAUUAGCAAAUGAAUAAUUAGAUUAUGAGUUAAACCAAUUAAAGAAAAGUAAAGAGUAAUGUUGA